AAGCUACAGGAGCGACUGCCGCGUAGCCAUCGCUCGCUCCUGCCGGGUUUCUUAACUCGCUAGCGACGGCACUCACUCGCUCAGACACUUCAGUGCUCACUCAGUGCGCACUGCUCACUACUCGCCAUUACUCGGCUCACCAACUCCAGAUCUCAUGGCUCCCCAGAGCCGCCACCGCGCGACGGCCGCGGCGUGCUUCCUCGUGCUCCUCGCUCUGUGUGCUGCGCCGGCCUACGGCGGCCGCGCGCUGCCGGCAGCAAGCAAGGGCGCGGCGAGCAAGGCGCAGGCGGCGGCCAACGCGACGGCGGGGGACGAGUUCCUGGCGCCGCACAACAAGGCGCGCGCGGCCGUCAGCGUGGCACCGCUGCGGUGGAGCGCCGACCUGGCGACGGCGGCGGCGACGACCACGUCCCAGCAGCAGCUGAACAAGAACUGCGCGUUCGCGGACAUGGCCGCGAGCCCCUACGGCGCGAACCAGGGGUGGGCGAGCUACCGCGCGCGCCCGGCGGAGGUGGUGGCGUCGUGGGUGGACCAGGGGAGGUACUACACCCACGCCAACAACAGUUGCGUUGCCGGCAAGCAGUGCGGCACGUACACGCAGGUGGUGUGGCGGCGCACCGCCCAGCUCGGGUGCGCGCAGGCCAGCUGCGCCUCCGGCGCCACGCUCACGCUCUGCCUCUACGACCCGCACGGCAACGUGCAGGGACAGAGCCCCUACUAGCGGCAGCGCGCGCGGCAAGGCUGCCUGCCUGACAGCGGUGGUAGCGACGCUUGCAUGGACGGAGGCGUUGCCGCCGGCCGGCGUCGGAGCAUCGUUACUAGAAGCAUAAUAGUACGCUGUUGUAGCUUAAGGUUUUUCUUGUUCAGACACGGAUGCAUCUGUGUUACGUUGGUCGCUGCCGCGUAGAACUGUUCUUGGUGCUAAUAACUGCUUUGGUGAGAAAGAAAUGUGGUGACAUGAA